GCCACCAUAUAUACGUAUUUAAUUUUUCUCUGUCCGUGGCUUUGGCAGUGUCUGCUUUUCUUCCAACAAGUGUGUCUUGUCCUCCUUCCCUCUCUCUCAAUAGAUUGUGAACUACAAACGCCAUCAAGAUGUCAGAGAAAAAGAUGACAUCCAGCCGUCGGCACCACCUAAAGAGCCUGGUUCUGCAGGUUGCUCAGACUUGGCUGGAGAAGGAAAAGAAGGAGAGAGCCGAGGCCAAAGAGGCCUACAUGGCUGAGAACUGUCCUCCUUCAGACACGAGUGGAGAUCAGGCUACGCUCAUGGAGCUCUGCAAGAAGAUCCAUGCUGCCAUAGAUAAGAUAGAUGAGGAAAGGUACGACAUUGAGGCCAAAGUCCAAAAGGCAGACAAAGAGAUUGAAGAACUAAAAAUCAAAGUGGUGGAUCUGGUUGGAGUGAAGAAGCCCGCCCUGAAGAAGGUGCGUAUGUCCGCCGACGCCAUGCUGAAGGCUCUGCUGGGCUCCAAACACACGGUCAACAUGGACCUGAGGGCCAACCUGAAGCAGGUCAAGAAGGAGGUCAAAGAGGAGCCAGCAGAAGCAGUGGGUGACUGGCGUAAGAACAUUGAGGACAAGGCCGACAGGAAGAAGAUGUUUGAGUCCUCCUAAUUGUUCGCUGCUGCUCGUCUUUCUGUUUACAUGAACUCCACGUGUCUUAUGUGCCGGUCGGAGCCGGCGACUAAUGUUCAUCACUAAGGGUUAGCGUGACUCGGGGGAGUCUUUCUGCAAGACAUAUGAUGUAUCAGUGACUGAGAGGGAGAUUUUGCACUUUUGUUGUAGUCUGGAGGGAGGGAGGGGAAGAGAGUGGAGGUUCAGGUUCACCACAGAAACGUUGCGUCUUUGGUUCUAUACACAACAGUAAAACACAAAAAAUCAAACACUUCAUAUAAUAAAAUCAAAUGUGGAA